GCAACCGUUGAUUCCAAAAGCCUAAAGCCCAUCGGCCCGCCUUGGGUUUCGACCAUUCACAAGGCCGACCGUCUCUCUCACACUUUUCGCCACGUGUCGUUUGCUAGAUUCUCUGGCUCCUCUAUCAUCACUUAUUAGGAGGCGAAGGCCGCCGCCAAAUAAUGCAACCCAACUCCAAGUGUCUUCUCGCACGUGCACGGGGGGUUGCAUGAUUACGGCGAUCGGAAGCGCGCACCGUGUCUCCGCUGUGGUUCCCGCUCGAUGAUGGCCGGCUUCGGCAGCGUGCCCAAGUACGAGGGCGGCGGGAUGGCGCGGGCGUGCGACGCGUGCCGGACGGCGCCGAGCGCGGUGUACUGCCGGGCGGACGCGGCGUUCCUGUGCGGCGGGUGCGACGCGCGGGUGCACGGGGCGAACCGCGUGGCGUCGCGGCAUGAGCGCGUGUGGGUGUGCGAGGCGUGCGAGGUCGCGCCGGCGGCACUCGCCUGCCGCGCCGACGCCGCGGCUCUCUGCGUCGCCUGCGACGCCGAGGUCCACUCCGCCAACCCGCUCGCCCGCCGCCACCAGCGCGUCCCCAUCCUCCCCAUCCCCCUCCCCGCCACCGCCGGAACCACUUUCCUCUAUCCGACUGAGGAGCUACACCGCCACAACUCCGAGGAGGAUGAGGCGGAGUCAUGGCUACUGAUCAAUACCGAGAAUUGCGACAACCGUGGAGCCUUCUUCAGUAGCGAUCAGAUAGAUGAAUACUUGGAUCUCGUCGGCUACAACAACAACGCUUGUAACGAGAUCCACAAUCAAGAGGAACAACAACUCCAUCAGCAACAGAGUGAAGGCGUAGUUCCUUCGUCUCUUUGCUUAGAGACGCAACAGUUUCAGAAGCAAGAGAUGGAGUAUGAGGUCUCGAAUUCCACUGCUGGUUUCAGCUACACUGCCAAUUCCUCCAGCCACACCGUGUCCUUCACAUCCAUGGAUGCGAGUAUUGCACCGUGCACCAGGAUAACCGAUAUCCCAAACGCACACCGCUUUGUUAACUCAAAGGGACAGAUCAAGCUGCUCCCAUGCCCUCCCCUACCACGAAUGGGAUCUCAGUUUCCCAUGGACAGGGAGGCCAAAGUGCUGAAAUAUAGAGAGAAGCGGAGGACUAGAAAAUUCGAGAAGACCAUAAGGUAUGAGUUGAGGAAGACAUAUGCCGAGAUGAGACCAAGAAUCAAGGGACGUUUCGCCAAACAGUCAGAUGCAGAACUUGAAAUGGAACAGAUGUUCUCUACUCCGGUGCCAUCGUCAGAUGGAAGCUAUGGCAUUGUGCCUUCUUUCUAGUGCUUGAAGGAGAGAAUUUCAUGUGUGUUUGCUAAAAUUAGUAGAAGAGUCCAGUUAGUAGUACUAGCCAACUGUAAGCAAGAUAUUGCAAGACAGAGAUAGUUAGUUAUAUGUAUCUAUAAGCCUGCUUUUAGUGUAUCAUUAGAAGUAUCAUAUUAGAUUCUAGCUAACACUAGUUUCUGAACCAUGUGCAAUUAUUUGACUUCUAGAAAAUGUUUUUUUUUUA